AUGGCUCCUUAUCGACGCGUCGCUGUUAUUGGAGCAGGGCCUUCCGGCCUGGCAGCUGUGAGGGCGCUUGAGCAAGAAGGAUCAUUUGAUUAUAUCCGGGUUUUUGAAAGGAAGGAUAGAGUUGGUGGCUUAUGGGCCUAUGAGCCGGAGCCAGACAGUUUUCAAGUGAACGCCCAAAACGAGGUCACUGCAAUUCCCAGUGAACUUGGACCCAGAACUCCAUGUCUCACGCCAGCAACUCCGGAGCCUCAAGGUCUGCGGGGAGCGGCCUACGAAACCCUCGACACUAAUGCCGGUGCCCGCACAAUGGCCUUCACGCAUACGCCGCUGCCAAUGGCCAACUCGAUUGGCUCAAUCCGAAAAUUCGGCCGAGACAAUCCAUCUAGACCGCGUCACGUUGUUUUACGCUAUCUGGAGGAAUUAUUCGUCCCAUUUUUACAUUUACUUGUGCUAGGCACCACUGUUGAAAAGGCUGAGAAAACAGAUGAUGGUCAAUGGAAACUCACGCUACACCGCCGAAAUGUCGAGCAUGGCACGUCAAAUCCAUCGAAGGAUUACUGGUGGGAGGAGCAAUUUGAUGCGUUGGUGGUAGCUUCGGGACAUUUUACAGUUCCUAAUAUUCCAAAUAUCGAAGGUCUAGUCGAGACCUGCACCGAGUUUCCGGAUAAGUUUGAACAUUCGAAAUCCUGGAGAUCUCAGGCCUCAUAUGUUAAUAAGAAAAUUGUCAUCGUUGGUGGUGGCAUAUCUGCUGCAGACCUUGUCGAGGACUUGCACCAAAUCGUCAAGGGCCCGCUUUAUGUUUCCCGACGUAGCGAUGUCGGCUUUCUAGAAGACGCAUGGUGUCUUCCCAACGUGGUCAAUAAAACAACCAUCUCGCGCAUAUCCCCUGCCGACGGUGGCACGGUUGAAUUCCAGGACGGGACAAGCAUCAACGGCGUCGACAAGAUCAUCUUCGCCACGGGAUACAAACUUUCGUACCCGUUUUUGCCUUUCGAGGCUGUUACUCCCCAGAACAGGCUGGCCGGAUUCUACCAACACAUUUUCCGUAUCGGGGAUCCUUCCCUUGCUGUUAUCGGACAGGUCCGAGCAGCAAUUAGCUUCCGCAUCUAUGAGUAUCAGGCUGUGGCGGUUAGUCGCUUCCUAGCCGGGCGUUCCAAAGACUUGCCGAGCAAAAUAGAACAAGAGGAGUGGGAGGAACAGCGACUACAGUACAAAGGGCCUACCGAGCUGUUCCACGAAAUAAAGCCGGAUUUCGUGGACUACUAUGGCUGGUUGCGAGAAUUCGCAGGUCACCCAGCAGGAAAGCCUACGGAAUAUCUAUUGCCGGAAUUCGAGGAUAACUGGGUUCAGAGCGAUAUAGAAAUCCUGUUGGCAAGGCAGCAGUAUUGGGCAGCUCUCCGAGCUAAACAUCGCGCGCUGGAUUAUGUAGCAAAAGCAUCAAUUUGA